AUGGCUGUCAACGCUCGUCGUGUCGUCGUUACUGGUCUCGGCCUUAUCACGCCCCUCGGUAUCGGCGUCCAACAAUCGUGGUCAAGACUUAUCGCCGCAGAGUGUGGUGUCGUUUCCCUGAAGGAUCACCCUUCUCCCAGUGGUCUCCCUGGUUACGACAGCUUACCCUCUCAGGUCGGCGCAGUGGUCAAGCGCGAAGGUGGACAAGCUCUUGGGGGAUUUGAUUCGACAGAAUGGCUUGAACGUGGGGAUGAAAAGAGAAUGGCACUCUUUACACAGUACGCGAUUGCAGCCGCAAAGAUGGCGAUCCGGGAUGCACAGUGGGAAAAUACGACCGAGGAUGAGAAGGAGCGUACAGGCGUCUGCCUUGGAUCGGGCAUCGGAAGUCUAGAUGAUAUGGCCGCUACCACUUUGUCAUUUGCCGAAAGCGGCUACCGCAAGAUGAGCCCUAUGUUCGUUCCAAAGAUCUUGAUCAACAUGGCCGCUGGACAUUUGACCAUGAAAUUCGGAUACAAGGGUCCCAAUCACGCCGUCUCAACCGCCUGUACCACCGGAGCGCACUCGCUCGGAGACGCCAUGCGGUUUAUUCAAUACGGAGAUGCAGAUGUCAUGAUUGCAGGUGGUUCCGAGGCUUGUAUUCACCCCAUGGCCGUUGCUGGAUUCUCAAAAGCAAAGUCAUUGGCGACUAAAUAUAAUGAUAACCCGGCAGAGGCAUCUAGGCCUUUUGACAGGGAUCGGGAUGGAUUCGUCAUUGGCGAGGGUGCCGGCGUCGUCGUGCUGGAGGAAUAUGAGCAUGCAAAGAAACGCGGUGCACACAUCUAUGCAGAGUUAAAAGGAUAUGGACUCUCAGGCGACGCACAUCAUAUGACAGCACCACCAGAGAACGGCGCUGGAGCCGCCAUGGCCAUGCGCAGGGCCCUGAAGGCUGCACGUCUUACACCCGCAGAUGUUGGAUACGUAAAUGCCCAUGCCACCUCCACACAGUUGGGCGACAUUGCCGAGAACUGUGCCAUCAAGAGCGUUUUUGACGGACAUCACGACUCGAUCGCCGUUUCAUCCACCAAGGGCGCUGUGGGCCAUCUCUUGGGCGCCGCUGGUGCUGUCGAAGCCAUUUUUACGAUCCUGGCUGUCAAGAACAAUAUCCUGCCUCCAACGCUGAACCUGCACAACCACGACGACAGCGGCGAGUUCACACUCAACUAUGUUCCCUUGAAGGCACAGGAAAAGAUCCUGAGUGCCGCACUCACGAACUCAUUUGGAUUCGGAGGCACAAAUGCUUCCUUAUGUUUCGCAAAGGUCGAUUAA